UCAGAUUGGCUUGGAAAAAGUUCCGAGGUUUCGGCAAGCAAGCCACCAUGCUUCCGUUUUACAUGGCAAUAACAUCAGAUUUAGAACCGUCUGUUCUCUUGCGGAGCUUCUUUGAUGAUUGAGAGAGAUUGGUGCCGCCACUGGCCCGCCAGCCAGGUGUUUAGAUGUGCCGCAGGAGCAUCGUAUUUCGAUGCCGAUAGCGUAUAUUGGCGAUGACGAGGACCGCACUCGAACUUUAGAAUUGUCGACUGAUGUUGAUACGGAGGGUGCGACUGGAGGGCUUGACCCUAAUUACGUUCCUGAGCAGCAAGACCCCUCAGGUGCUUAUGAAGAAUCCGAGCUGGAAGGUGAAGCUGUCGAACGCAGACAUGUGGAGGGGGCGGUCACCGAGGUGGCUCGGGCUCCAAUAAGCGUGAACGAGAAUAGGAAGGACAAGUUAGCCCCUCCUCGGGCUCAACGGCUGUCAAUAAUAGACAUUCGUCAGGAGUGGAAUAACUUGAAGCGUCCUCGUGCUGUCACCGACAAUAUAAAGUUCAAGAAGGAUUUGGUCUGUAAAUAUGAAGAGUUUCAGAAAGCCGCCUUGAGGAAAACGCCUUACUUCAACCUUUGGGGGUUGGCUGAUGAGAAAUCGAAGAAAAAGGAAUGGACGGAGAGACUGAGGUACUACUUACCUCUGGUGAUGACGGACGAUGAAACGUGGAUGCUUGGCAUGAAAUUCUACGACGAGUGGCAGAAGGGCCAUCUGCUCGCCUCUGAUGGCGCUAUGUGGACGAAGAGGCCUCCAACAACGGACCUGAAAGUCACCCGUGAGGGUCAGUCAUUUGCGGAGGACAGCAGUGGCCAUAAGAGAGUUGUGUAUAAUGUGCGUGUGACUGAUCUGGAGAUGCGGAAAGGCAAGAAGAAAAGGAAACAGGAGGAGCGCGACUUUUUCGUCCAGGUGAGUGAACCCGACGUGCAUUUUUGGAAAGACUUGGGGGAUUUUACAGACGCGGAGAAACGUCGGAUCCUGCGAGGGUUGCUGGACCUGGAUAUUGUCUGGGUGCAGCAAGGAAGCAAGAAGCUGAUUGAGCAAGGAAAGGUUGGGAUGAAAGAUGCUUGUGAAAUGGUCAAGCAAGAUCGGAUGUUGCUCCAGCUGUGGCAUAUUGUGCAAUUCCAGCACGAGGGUCGCGACAACGAUGAUUGGAGUGCCUCCUUUUUCCGGACGAAGGAGCAAUUGAUGGCAGAGUACGCCUCCAAGGGACUGGACGAGAAAUUGUGGGCGGGCUGCAGGAAAUGGAUCACAGAUCACUCGUACCUCAAGGAAUGCCCCCAGUAUCUCGACUGUCCGAGUGAUAAGGACGUGGUGGCAACGAUGAAGUUGGUUAAUCACGAGAAGUUUCCUACUGAAUGGAAGCGGGUUGUGCUGUCCGUGCUUAAAGGCGAACGUGGCAAGACAGAAGAGGGGCCGCAAGCACUGGGAGAAUGCACCACCAUCAAAUGGAAGGAAACCAAGCAAGUGACAACCCUCACACCAUUUGCUUACGACGCCUUCAUGGCUUUUCUAAGAAAAGAUGAGAUGAGGAAAGUUGUGAUGCAGCUGCGAUGCCACACUUGCAUCAUUGACUUCUGCGAUCCCGUCGACCGAGCACGUUGGAAUGACGAGGCUUUCCGAUCAUUGGCGGCAUUCCUUGAAGCUGUGUGUCUUGAUUUUUGGACUUUAAUUGCUUUUGUUCCCAGACAGUGGGACCUUUUCUUCAUGGGUCUUCUCCACAUUCUUCCUGUCACGAAUGGUUGUGCAGGAAAAUGGAUUCGGAGGAGUCAAGUUAAGAAGCACUACCAAAUCGGGAACAAUGUGUGGGGCGACGAGGACAGGAUGUAUGUUCUUUUCCACGGGGAUGAUAUGAAGCUUAACACCCCGCCGACAUAUGAGGGACGAUUGCCGGACGAUGACGCUGCAGCUCUUGGGAAAAGGCAAAAGGUGACACCCUCAGACAUUGCCGAAAUACAGUUCACGACCACGACGUAUGCAUCGGCAGGUGUGCACCACCUGAAGGGGUUCGUCUAUAAGGAAAUGGAGCGCAACCCGGGUAUGUUAUCGGGUCACAUAGAGUUCUUCUGCCCAGUCGAGAAUGCAGUUAUGUUCAUCGGCAAAGCACACGCCCAGGUUGUGUGGCAUCUUCUCAAGAGCGGGCGCCAUGUUGUUGCCAUCGAGGGAGACACAGAGCUCCUCAACUUCUUGAUGACAUUUGUUGCGCACGAGGUGCACACGGGUGUGGACAACUGUGAAUUCUACCAGGUGCAGAAAGAGGUCGACCAUGAUCCACAUAGGAACAUGUGGUUCAAGCUGUCAGCUGAGAAAAGGGCGAAUGUAUACAAGUUUCUGUUCCUCGACAUAAGACCGAAACUAAGAUUCGAGGACGACUACAAGUGUCGCCGAGAUGUCAUGAUUGGUGCAUUGGAUGGCUUUCAUUGUGCUUCUAGGGAGGCUGCGGCCAACUUCGUGGAGAAACUUGAGGAAUGCUAUUUCGACAAUGGCAAGGUGGAACUCACACUAAAUUAUUACAAGGCUCAGUUCACCGAAGAGGACAAUUUCAAAGCAAACGACGAGGAAGAUGUCAGCGAGGGUGAGGAGCCUUUGGAUUUAGAGACGGUAUAUCAGAAAUAUACUGCAGUUAUGAAACCAAAACUGACUGGCAUAUUUCGCCGCCUGCCCCAACACGAGGAGAGGGAGCUGGAUGGGGCAGCCGUGGAGGAGAUGACGAAGGAGGGGACGGAGGAGGUGAGGAUAGAACCCGCGGCGGCGGUUACGGGUGACAACAGAGGGGGCGGCGCACGACGUGGAAAUGUUACGAGCCCGGGAGGGGUCACGAUCGCAGGCGGAAAGGGUGCUAUGGCUUCGGUAGAAGGUACGAGCUCACAAACUGGGCAGGGAUCACUGCAGGUUGAAUCUCCACUGCCGACCCAUGCGCUGCAAGCUGCUGAACUCGUUGGGCAAGUACAUGGCUCAUUUCUCGGCCGCGGAUGUAUCCGCGACACAGUCAUGAUCGAUGGAGGAAUAGGUGGUAUGGCUUCAGUAGAAGGUGCGAGCUCACAAACUGGGCAGGGAUCACCGCAGGUUGAAUCUCCACCGCCGACAAUGUAUCCGCUCGGUGCUGAAGUCGUUGGGCAAGGAAAUCGCUCAUUUCCCGGCAGCGGAUGUAUCCGCGGUACAGUUUCUGCCGGAUCGAAUUUCAUGGCAGAUGCGGAUUCGGUCGACGUGGCUUCCACCAAGGAUCCAGGACGCGACAUUCCGAAGUGCGAAGUUAUUACGGAUGCCACUUUCCUUCGCAGAGAGAAUGUGGUGGAGAAAACUGUAGGCGGGUCAUACUCCCCCGGAAGGACAGAUUCUCUUGCAAGUCCUUGUGCAACUAGGUCUGAGGUGGAUAAGGGGCGGGUUGGCCUUUUUUCUGCCGGCCCCGGAUGUAUCCGCCAUCCAAGCGGGCGCGUCAGUGUGGAGCAGAAUGAGGACUUAGCUGUCGGAAGCAUUUCGGUCGGUGGCGGAUAUAUCCGCUCCUCGACGCAUCAACUCAGCAGCACCGAUGACACCCUUGCCCUGGAUAUGGAAGACCAGGAGACUGCACCCUUUGACACACAUUACGGUGGUUCCGAGGGCGGGCAUGUCCCUCUGACAAAUGCACCGGAGGAACAUGCACGCGGGUCGUACAAGGGGCGCGGGCUGCGUGAUGGCGGUUCUUUCGCCGGCGCCGGAUGUAUCCGCCGUCCAGGACUUCGUGUCAGUGCAGAGCAGAAGGAGUUAGUUGUCAGACCCGUUUCCACCGGCGGCGGAUCUAUCCGCUCCUCGGCGCAGCAGCCAUGUAGCACGGAUAACACCCUUGCCCUGGGUGUGGAAGACCAUUUAUGUUCUGGGUUUCCUGACAUACGGCCCUCCAAAAUCCAUAUGGCAACAGUCGUGUCAAGCGACUGCAAUGAGGACGAGGACGUCACCAUGCUCGAAGUGGAAGAGCUAUCUUUCCGUCGUCCGAUCGAAGAUGAUCUUGUCAAGACACUCUUCCACGAUUCCCCCGUUGUCAUCUCUCCCUCUUCACAAUUAUUGACUCCUCAAGAUGAAGUUNGUCCGAUCGAAGAUGAUCUUGUCAAGACACUCUUCCACGAUUCCCCCGUUGUCAUCUCUCCCUCUUCACAAUUAUUGACUCCUCAAGAUGAAGUUCUUGCCAUCCGUGGGAGUGGUGGAACAACUGGUCAUCCUGUAGAGUUGUGCCCCGAUGCUCCGGAAAAAGCUGUUUGCCUCAUCGACGCGGACAUUAAGGACUUGUCCCGACUUCCAUCCCAGUUAGAUCGCAUUAUGGCAUCGGCGCAGACUGAAGAGUUCGUGCUGGGUCUAAGCGCGACAUGUCUGAGAAAAGACUUGCCACAACCGAAAGUUUUAGACGAGAAGAAUACUAAGGAACAUCUCCGGCACGAAGCUGUGGCUCGUAAGCAGUGACAUGUGUUGCUCACAUUUGACAUGUGUUGCUCACAUUUGGGUCAACGUAGUGUAUGAGCACUUGGAGUUAAUUCACUGA